GAAAAUGGGAACAUCGAAAGCCCAAUUAGGCAGCAGGCCCGCCCACAAGCGAAAACAAAGAAGAAUGAAACACGGAACCUAGGUUGCGUCAUUGCGUGUUAGAAUCGAAGAGGAAGAGGAAGAGAAAGAGAGAGCAUGAAGUUCAGAGACUCGCCGGUGAUCGAGCUUCCAGUAGGCGACGCCGUUUUGUCUUUGCAGCAAGACAACGGUUCAAUGCACGUGGGAAGCACCGUGUGGCCCUGCUCCCUCGUCCUCGUGAAAUUCGCCGAGCGCUGGGCCCCACCCUUGGACCCUAACCCCUACGCCCACGUCCUCGACUUCAAAUCGAAACGGGCCGUGGAACUGGGCACGGGAUGCGGCGUGGCGGGAAUGGGCCUCUACUUACUGGGCCUGACGGACCUGGUCCUCACCGACAUCGCCCCCGUCAUGCCGGCCCUGAAGCGCAACCUCAAGGUGAACAAGCCCAUCCUCCGCAAGGCCCUCAAGCACUCCGUUCUCUACUGGAACAACGCGCACCAGAUCGCUGCCCUCAACCCUCCCUUCGACUUCGUCAUCGCAACCGACGUCGUUUACAUUCGCGAGUCCGUCCCUUCUUUAGUUUCCGCCAUGGAAGCCCUCGUCUCCGACGACGGCGUCGUUUUGCUCGGCUACCAGCUUAGGGCUCCCGAAGCGCACCACCUUUUCUGGGAACUCUGCGAUAACACCUUCCACGUCCAGAAUGUCCCUCACGAGCAUCUCCAUCCCGAUUACGCUUACGAGGAGACCCAUGUUUAUUUUUUGAGAAAGAAGAACAAUAAACAGUGACUCAUUCUCAUACAUAGGGUAUCAUAGAAUGUUGUUCGCGCUGGUGUUUAUGUUGAUCCUCCAAAUGGUUGCCAAAAAGAGAUCCUUGAAUACUUAGAGGCGUGUUCUUGCAGCUGUAAAUGUCUUACGGGAAAAAAGGAAGUGAAUGGAGGGGAUUAAUUAUGAGAUAAAACAACCUAUAUGACUGUAUCUAAUGAUUACAUACUUUUUAUUAUUUAAUCAUAAGCUCAUUUAACUUUUUUUUUUUAUACAUUAAUAUUCAGAUUCUGGUAUGUGUCGCAUCGCAUGCGUGAGUAGGAGUGUGCAUACCUGGUUUGCAAAUUGCAAUACACUUUAUCGUAAAUAAUUGAAUAUGUAAUUCAUAGGCAGGCACAAAUUUCUUAUGGUUGAAGGUAUCAUGGCUCUGCAAGACUUGGUUUGGUGGCUUAAAGUUAGCAGAGUUGAUUGCACUACAAGUCAAUUACGCCCUCAGUAUUUACGCAGAUUUCGACUAUUUUAUUUUAGUACAAACUAGCUAGUAGCUACCUAAGAAAAGGUGCUCAAGGACAUGGCAGAUUCAGAAGACGACCAAGAUGAAGAGAAGCCGAGUGUUGACUGUUUGUGUGUACUUUGCUCUUUCUGUAUGCAAAAAUAAUUUUGUUUUCUUGCAUCGUUGAAUAUAAGUUAAUCCAUAUCCAUUAACAGUUGUUGUUCAGUCUAAAGUAGAGUGACUUCAUUAGCAUUGGCAAUAUUGUCUCUUUCCAACACUUUGGUUCUCGAAGUUGUUGACCUUCAUAUAUGUACUUCCCGAUUAAGUAAAUUAAUAUUCUAUCGAGAGUUCUUUUCA